GCGCCAUGAAAAAACAAGAUGGCGGACGUGUCGUGAGGGAAUCUCGGCACACCAGCUGUUUUUAACCUUAUUUCUCGCCGAAGGUUUCUCCGCAGGGUGCAAAAUAAUGCGGAACUCUGGAUCGGUACCCAAGAGAAGCUUUUCUGUGAAGGAGAGUGACAAAAAUGGCGUUGGGGAACAUUCGUCACCUCUGCAUAAUUUUGUCAAAGCCAAGAAAAAGAUCAACGAAACAGUCUCGGAAAUCGGGAAGUAUUUGGACGAGGCCAACCGAUUUAUUUGUGGAUGUGAGAUAGCAGAGGACUACAAGAGUAAUAUCAAAGGGUUUGCUUGCGAUGUGGCUGGUUUCCUGGGACAAGUUGCCAGUAUUACAGAAGUGAUCGCCAGAGAUCAAAUGAAGGUGGCAUUCUUUGGUCGUACGAGUAAUGGCAAGAGCACAGUUGUCAAUGCCAUGUUGCAGGACAGGAUCUUACCCAUGGGGAUUGGUCACACAACCAACUGUUUCUUGAGUGUUAACGGUUCAGAUUCAGCAGAUCCUUAUAUUCUAAUACCAGAGUCAGAUGAAAGACGAAAUGUCAAAACUUUGGGACAAAUUGCUCAUGCUCUCUUUGAGGAAAAAUUGGACCACAGCAGCCUUGUGCAGGUUUACUGGCCAAAGUCCAGGUGUAAGAUGUUAUCUGAAGAUGUUGUGCUAGUGGACAGUCCUGGAAUUGAUGUAAGUCCUGAUCUGGACCUGUGGAUUGAUAAACACUGCCUGGAUGCUGAUGUCUUUGUACUGGUCUGCAAUGCAGAGUCAACACUAAUGGUCACAGAAAAGAACUUCUUUCACAAAGUAAACCAGAAAUUAUCCAAGCCAAAUAUUUUCAUAUUGAAUAAUCGCUGGGAUGCAUCAGCUGGUGAGCCUGAUGUGGAAAUGAUGGAACUGGUUAAAAAGCAGCAUCUUCAGAGAAAUGUUGACUUCUUGUAUAAGGAGCUGAAGUGUGUGGAUAAGAAGCAGGCAGAAGACAGGGUCUUUUUUGUUUCUGCUAAAGAAACCUUAAUGAGCAGAAUGCAGAAGCAUCAAGGAAUGCCAGAGGAAGGUGGUGCCAUACAUGUAGAUGGCUUUCAUGGAAGAAAACUUGAGUUUGAGAAUUUUGAACACAAGUUUGAGGAAUGUAUAUCCAAAUCAGCCAUCCAGACCAAGUUUGAGUCUCACGCAGGCACAGGUAUCGGCAUAGUAAAUGCAGUACAAAACAUUCUGGAGCAGAUUGCUGGCUGCGCAUACGAACACAGGAAAAGGCUGAUCAGUGCCAAGAGAGAGCGUGAGAAUAGGCUAGAGUUUGUCAAGGAGCAGCUUGACUACUGCACAAAUGAGUGCAAAGAGAAGAUUAAACACCUCUCAACACGCAUUGAACAACAGGUAGCUGAUGCUAUGACAGAAGAGAUUGGUCGACUAGGAGUACUUGUCAAUGAGUUUGAGCACCCAUUCCACACCCAUCCAGGCUUUUUAAGGACAUAUAAAAAAGAACUUCAUGAGUACAUAGAAAAGGGUCUUGGUAGAAACCUGAUGGCGCGAUGCUCUAGCUCACAAACUCAACUCAUACAGGAAACUCAGCAAGACAUGAUAGAUCGUCUUCAAAAGCUGCUGCCUUGUGAUGAACCUCAAAGCGUGUUACCACUGACUCCAAGGCAAGAUUUUGAAGUCUGUUAUCAGUUGGAGAUACAUAAUCUGUGCAGUGACUUUAAGGAGGACAUCGAGUUUCAUUUCAGCCUGGGCUGGGAAGCCCUUGUAAAGAGGUUCCUUGCACCGCGUAAUGCUAGGCUAGCAAUGUUACUGGGGGCCAAUGUUCAGAAGAAUGUACAGAGCCUGGUACCGAGCACAGACCACCACAGGGAGCUGGAGCCCAGACCCGCCGGUCCCGUCAUGCCUCGGUGCAGCUACAGUGACGAAGAGAUGACGUUAGCUGUCAUUCAUGGAGUUGCAUCGCUGACGUCACGAACAGCUACUGUGGUCGUGCUCGCUGGGGGCCUGUUGUGGCGAGUAAUGGGGUGGCGAAUUAUUAUUUGCUGUACUGGACUGUAUGGAGGACUCUACGUCAUUGAGCGACUUCGCUGGACCAAUAGCGCGAAGGAAAAAACUUUCAAGAGGCAGUUCGUAGACUUCGCCUCAGAAAAACUUCAACUUGUCGUCAGCUUCACUAGCUCCAACUGCGGACUGCAGGUUCAACAGGAACUUUCGUCGACGUUUUCCCGUCUUCAAUCGCUGGUUCAUCGAUCCAAGGAGAACCUAGAGGAUGAGAUCCUAGAAUUGGAAGCUGAGAUCACGAGAUUAGAGAGCAUCGAGUCGCGCGCACGGGUUCUCAAGAACAAGGCCUGUUGGUUCGAGAGCGAGCUUGUCGAUUUUCUGAAGACGUUUGGUCUCAAUAAAAGUAAAAUCUAAAGGAGCGGAGUCUAAAUAAAGAUAAAAUCUAACCAAGGAGCAAGGAGUAGAUGUUACUGCAUCAAAGACGGUCCUCGCAGCGGAUGUCUUCAGUUACGUCAGCAUGUGGUCACCCUGUGGUAAGCUGAUGCAAUGCCGUCUCCCUACGAGGGUCUCACUUCAGCUGUUGGCCAGCGGUAUUAGCUUCAGCACGUGACCAGCUGUGAUCAUGUGACCGCUGUUGUGCUAACGCACGUGUGUUGAUUGUUAUUAUCGACACAUUCUGUAACAGAGCAUUGUAAAGGCCAUGUUACACGAGGGAAUUUUACCUGCAACUGUGUUGCGUUGUGAGUUGCAAGAAAGUUAUUGUUGGGAGAGAAAAAAACCUUUGUAUCGAGUGAAAAGCUCGCAAGCGUAGAUCCCGAGAACAGUUCCACCUUUCUACUGCUUCUGGUAACUAAGGCCUUUUUAAGAUCCGAGAACAGUUCCACCUUUCUACUUCUUCUGGUAACAAAGGCCUUGUUUAGACCCGAGAACAGUUCCACCUUUCUACUGCUUCUGGUAACUAAGGCCUAGUUUAGACGCCGUUCUUUAGGUGUGCCGUUCUAAAGCAAAUGCAUGAAACUAAGGCGAUUCGAUUGUUCUAUAUUGAUUUGCUUUUGGAACGGCACAUUAUAGGAUUAGCAGUCCCAGUGAGGGCAGUCUCUAUCGAUCGCCCAAUCACAGCCCUGCUUCUAGAGAGGCUAAUGCACAGCGACAAGACGACAAUAGCGUUGGGUCGCUUAUUGUAUCUCUGGAUCGAUGCCGGUCCCAUAUAUUUUUUGGCAUGGGAAUACUAAAGAGAAAGGGAAUUGGGAAGAUAAAUUACUAAGGCUAAGUUCAAACGUUGUAUUAUCCACGAGCCGUAUUCAAUGCAGAUGCGUGCAAAUGAAGAUGAUACAAUCGACUAGAUUCAUUUGCAUGCAUUUGCAUUGAAUACGGCUAAUGAAUAAUACGACGUUGGAACUUAGCCUAAGAAAUGUAAGAGGCGUUCUAAGCAAUAUGUUAAUUUAUUAAAUUUCUGUAAAGCAA